GUGAAAUGUCGUGACAGUCUGCAAACUCUCCUAAAUAUUUCCUAAUGCUUUUAUCGUUUAUAAAAAUAACACCAAGAAAAAAAUGGAAACUACGUCGGAAAAUGUUAAAACCUGCAUUUUACUUAGAUAUCCUUCCACAUUACUUUACCAAUAUAAUAGAGGUAUCACAAAAUAUGGUUGAAUGUCUUAAAAAGGAAGCAGAUGGAAAUCCCAUUGUCAAAGAUUUAAAAAGUUUUAUCGGCCAACACACUCUCAACAUAAUAUGCAAAUCAGCUUUCGGUGUUGAACUGACGGGAAAAAACGAACUAGAAAUUAAAUAUCCUCAUGCCAUUCAUGAGUUUGUUAGAAUUUCUUCAAUCAGAUUGUCAAGACCAUGGUACUACUUCGAUAGUAUAUUUGCAUUUUCACCACUUAGUAGAGUACAAAAAGAAAAUUUGAAAACGUUGCACAGUUUUUCCAGAAAUAUUAUUGCGGAAAGAAAACGUUUUCAUAAACAAACUAAUGGGAAAUAUUUGCAAAUCAAUAAGAAUAAUGAGGAGGAUAAUAAUUUGUAUUCUAAGAAAAGACUUUCUCUGCUAGAUCUGCUUAUAGCUGCAUCUUGGGAAGAUAAUCAAAUAGAUGAGGAAGGAAUUCGAGAAGAAGUGGAUACUUUCAUGUUUGGAGGUUUCGACACUACUGCGAGUGCACUAACCUUUGCUUUGAGUCUUUUUGCUAAGCACAAAAGUGUCCAGGUAAUGUUCCCAAAUGAAACUAUCACUUUACAUGAUUAUAAAAAUAUAAGAGACGAGGUUCGAUCGAUUAUGCAAGAUGAUAAUUUUACGAUGUCAUCACUUUCAAACCUUUCGUAUUUGAACCGAUGUUUGAAAGAAUCAAUGCGUUUAUAUCCAAGCGUCCAUGUGAUUUUUCGGAAAAUUUUUCGUGAUUUGCAGCUAAAACAUUAUUUAAUUCCAUCUGGUACGAUCGUUGGAGUGAAUAUUUACAGCGUGCACAGAAAUCCAAAAUAUUGGCCAAAUCCAAAUGUUUUUGAUCCAGAUAGAUUUUUACCGGAGAAUAGUACAGGACGUCAUCCCUAUUCCUUCAUACCAUUUAGUGCUGGGCGGAGAAUCUGUAUUGGUCAAAACUUUGCAAUGCACGAGCUAAGACUCAUUGUUGCUUUUAUAUUGUAUCAUUUUGAAUUAGAACCGGUGGAUGAGCUGGAUGAUGUUACAUUUGCGGCUGAUAUAACUCUUACCCCGAUUAAACCAUUGCGAAUCAAAUUUAUACCAAUUUCAUAGGUAUUUUUAUGCAUAUUACUUUUUACAGAAUAAUAAACAUUUAUAUCUUUUGUAGAAAAUAUAUUAAAAAGUCGUGAAUAAUU